GAGCGGCCCCGGAGCUGCGGGAUCCGGGCCAGUGCCCUGACAGCGCGAUGCCCGGGGCAGCAGCGGCGGCUCCGGGCUCCUCGCGGUCCCGGCCGUGACUGCCACGCCGAGCCCAGCAGGGCGGUUGGGGCCGUUGGACGUUCCCCUCCCCCUCGCCGAGCCGACGGGGGUGCGAGUUGGGCCGGGGGAGCCCCGAGACUCCUCCCUCCCGGCCUCCGCCUCCCCGUACACACCCGCACGCGCUCGCGCCGGCUCCCACACGCUCGCUCGCGCGCCUCGGGGUCGGCCGGCGGCGGCGGCGGCGGCGUCCAGGGCCCGCGGAGCCACCAUGUCCACCGCCUCCUCCUCCUCUAGUUCCUCUCAGACCCCUCACCCCGCGCCGCAGAGGAUGCGGCGCAGCGCCGCGGCUUCCCCGCCGGCCACCGCCGGGAGCGCGAACGCUGCGGGUGCCGGCGGCGCGAGCUGCGUCCCGGCCGCGGGAGCCGGCCGGCUGCUGCAACCCAUCCGCGCCACGGUGCCCUACCAGCUCCUGCGGGGCAGCCAGCACAGCCCCACGCGCUCGCCCGCCGCCGCCGCGGCAGCCGGGCCCGCCGCCGCCCCGCUGGGUAGCCUCCCGGGGCCCGCCGCGGCCCGCGGCCCCAGCCCGCCCAGCCCGACGCCGCCGCCGGCCACAGCCCCGACCGAGCCGGCGCCGCGAGCCAAGGGCCGCCCGAGACGGUCCCCGGAGAGCCACCGGAGGAGCAGCUCACCUGAGAGACGGAGCCCCGGCUCGCCCGUGUGCAGAGUGGACAGGCCAAAAUCUCAGCAAGUUCGGACUUCUAGUACAAUAAGGCGAACUUCUUCUUUGGAUGCGAUAACAGGACCUUACCUCACAGGACAGUGGCCACGAGAUCCCCAUGUUCACUACCCUUCAUGCAUGAAAGAUAAAGCGACUCAGACACCUAGCUGUUGGGCAGAAGAGGGAGCAGAGAAAAGGUCACAUCAGCGUUCUGCAUCAUGGGGAAGUGCUGAUCAACUAAAAGAGCAGAUUGCCAAACUGAGGCAGCAGCUGCAGCGCAGUAAGCAGAGCAGUCGUCAUAGUAAGGAAAAGGACCGGCAGUCACCUCUCCAUGGAAACCACAUAACAAUCAGUCAUACUCAGGCUACUGGAUCAAGAUCAGUCCCUAUGCCACUGUCAAAUAUGUCUGUGCCAAAAUCAUCUGCUUCACGUGUGCCCUGCAAUGUAGAAGGAAUAAGUCCAGAAUUGGAAAAGGUAUUCAUUAAAGAAAAUAAUGGGAAGGAAGAAGUGUCGAAGCCUUUGGAUAUUCCAGAUGGUCGAAGAGCUCCACUCCCUGCUCACUACCGGAGCAGUAGCACUCGCAGCAUAGACACCCAGACUCCUUCUGUCCAAGAGCGCAGCAGUAGUUGCAGCAGUCAUUCACCCUGUGUGUCCCCCUUUUGUCCUCCUGAAUCCCAGGAUGGUAGUCCUUGCUCAGCAGAAGAUUUGCUCUAUGAUCGUGAUAAAGACAGUGGGAGUAGCUCACCGUUACCCAAGUAUGCUUCAUCUCCCAAACCAAACAACAGCUACAUGUUCAAACGGGAGCCCCCCGAGGGAUGUGAGCGAGUGAAGGUCUUUGAGGAAAUGGCGUCUCGUCAGCCUAUCUCGGCCCCUCUCUUUUCAUGUCCUGACAAAAACAAGGUUAAUUUCAUCCCAACUGGGUCAGCUUUCUGUCCUGUAAAACUUCUAGGCCCUCUCUUACCUGCCUCCGACUUGAUGCUCAAGAACUCUCCUAACUCUGGCCAGAGCUCAGCUCUGGCGACUCUGACCGUUGAACAGCUCUCAUCCCGGGUUUCCUUCACAUCUCUUUCUGAUGAUACCAGCACAGCAGGCUCCCCAGAGGCUUCUGUCCAACAGCCAUCCCAGCAGCAGCAGCUCCUUCAGGACACACAGGCUGAGGAACACAUCUCCGCUCAGAACUACGUGAUCAUAUAAAGAGGGGGAGCCGGCCUCCACCCAUAUACCAUGAAUGAGAACAAGAUCUCAGACAUCUAUCUGCAUGGAGCGAUGAACUUUCUCAACACACCAACACAAACUUAGCAUUAUAAUGUAUCUCUCAACACUGAUCUUGGCAGGGACGGAACUCCUUUUCAGCAGUUUUUGUGGAAAGCAGUAAUGCAAAAUGUGUGUGUCAUUCAGCAUUUUAAGUGGAGACUAUGCAUUUCAUUGUAUGUUGGACAGAUUAGUACUGUGUCCUUGUUUUGUUCCAAAUUCUUCAGUAUAAAUAAGCUCUAUAUCAAAAGUUGCCUGUCUAAAUAGAAAAUGUCUUGCUGUGUUUUGUCCUAUGGAAAAUACUGUACUUCAGGAUUAUGUUUACAAUUGAUCCAGGUGUUUGUUUCUAACUUCUGUAAUACAUACAAUGCAAAAAAAAAAAAAAAAGAAAAUGGCCACAACAGUUGCACAGUGCCCACCCUAUGGCCUCGCUUCAGGUACUUCAGUUGAAGUCUAAACUCAGGUAACUUGGAAUGUAUAUCAUAUUGGGAUACUAAAUAUUUCACAGCUAAAAAGCUAAAGAGGGAACAUCACUCUUUUGCCUUUCCUUAUUUUAUGCAUUUCCCUUUCCUCAUUACAUUCCACAUUCUUAGAAUUAGAAGUGCGUGCAUUCAACUCUAGGAGAAUGAUAGCCCUGGACAUGGGUGAAUGUGAGAAGAACCAGCAAGUCUGUGGUAUGUGACAUCACUUUGUCAUGUGGUUACCAGUAAAACAACUGUUGUAUUCAACUGUUUCAUCAUGUGUAUUUGUGGCUUUUUUAGAAGUUCAGGUGUUGCUCAGUUAAUGACUGUUACAAUGUUGCAAAUGAAGUGUUGAGUACUAGACUGUACAUGAACAUUCCAUAUAGUGUGUGAUGGAAUUUAAAGACAAGAAUAUCUAGGGUUUAAUUUCCAAAUGAGCGAGGUUGACAGGGGGAUGGUUGAGGUUUUUCUUGUUGAGAUUAGACAUCAGAUCAUUGCUCCCAUUUUUAUCUAAGGGCAUAUUUAUAGUUUCUCCUUGAGAUGGACAUCUUAAUUUUCAGGUUAAAAAGUGAGCUACUUUUGUUUUCCUCAAUCUGUUUGUAUGCAUGAGUUUUUAUCACAUAGAAUUCAUAGGUCUCAGAAUUGAUACAGCAUAUGUGAAUAAGCUGGUUGGUGACUUGCAAAAGCAAUAGUUUGACGUCUCAUUUAAGCCUCACAUCAUGAAUAGUUCUAUUAAGAUUUUGGAUGUGUGAGGUAGAGUAUAAAUGCAAGUGAAUACCCUUGAACUUGAAGACUGACAUAAGUUCUCCACAAAGUGCGAAGAGAGCCCUAGAUAUUCCUGAUUGGUCAGUGUAGAGAGCCUGGCUUUCAGGCUUAGAGAGUAUCCAAAAGUAAAGGGACGCUUAUUAGAUACUCAGAGAGUAUCUAUGGCACAGAGAGUAUCCAACAGUAAAGGGAAGCUUUUGUAUUUAUAUUCCAUUGUUUUCAGCAAAACGUAGAGUUGUCUCAUUUGUAUCUAAAGUGUAUGCCGCAAUACUUCCUUAUAAAUUGAGGGAACAAGAUGCCUAUAGUUAAAGGAAUGCUUAAUUCCCUUCAAUCAUUCCUGGGUUUUCUUUGUUUUGUCUAUCUUCUAAGGAGGAUAGAGAAGGAUAAGGGUGAUAGAG